AUGGACAGGAGAUUCAGCAGAGAAAGCAACGGAUUCACAAGCCUGCAGAAGAAGCUGGCAGAGAGCCAGCGUCCAAACCGAGAAGAACCAGUUCCCGAUCUCACUGACUUCAUGAAUGACAUGUUCUUCGGGACUACAAACAACGACAAGAAAGCAUACAACCUCACAGGUGGUGGUCUGAUGGACGACGAUGAAGAUUACUACGGGGACAGCACAAGGAACAGUAACAGCAGGUUAACUCAAGAAUGGCUCAGGGAAGCUAAGCAGAUGGUGGCAUCGUCUCCUUCUCGGUGUGAAUCGCCUUCAAGGCUUGUCGGGUCGCCAAGGUUUGCGGCGGCGCAAGGCAGAGAGUCGGCGUCGUUGCUGGACCGGAGAAAUCCUCUCUCCAGGUCUGCUAGAAGGCACAGAGCAGCGGAAGGCUUCAGUGGAGAAAUCCUCUCAAAAUCAGCUGAACACAGCCGAAACAAGUCGGAGAGUGUAGGCGCAGCCGCCAUUCCCUCCGAAGUAUCCCCUGCAUCGGCGGUCCAGAAAUGGUUCUCCAACAUCCUCAAGCCAUCCAAUCCCGCCCCUCCAUCCUCCAACCUUCCCAAUCCGACGCCCCAAACUCUGCCACCUCGACUCUCCGUCAACCGCAAAUCUCGCUUUCAGGACGACUCAUCUGGACCUCACUCACUCCCAAUCCCUGCCGCGGCCGCCCAGUCCAAACGAACCUUCAAAGCUCCGGCAGCGCCCGACACACAUUUGCUCUCUCCGCCCAAGAAUCUCAUCGAAUCGGCUCGCCGGAGGUCGAUUUCGUCGUCGACAUGCUCGUUGCCCGAGAAUCCGGUUCUGUCGCCGCCCAGAAAUCUCGUGGAGUCCGCUCACAGGCGGUCGAUAUCUUCGUCGACAUGCUCGAUUGAUAAACUUUCGUCAAAGGUCAAUUCGGCAGGAGGGCACAGAGGUGGAGACGAAGCUCGAAAUAUUAAUGAGUUUCUCAAAGAGCAAAGAACCAAAAUUGGGAAAAUUGUGGAUGGAGAAAUCUCUGCAAAGGCGAAAAUUUUGCUCUCUGGGCCUUCAAACAGCACGAGUUCGAUGGUGGCGGCUAUAUGCUAUGCGUGGUUGUUGGAGAAUAGGACGAGGGCUAGUAAGAAAGUAGAUGAUGAGGAGGAGUGCGUGGUGGUGCCUGUGAUGAAUGUGAGGAGGAGAAACAUGUGGAAGCUACUGCAGGCCGCCUGGCUCUUCCACCAUGUCAGCAUUGAUGCCACCUCAUUGCUCUUCUCUGAUGAGGUGGAUUUGGAGAAUUUAAUGAUGGCUAAGCAAUUAAGCAUCCUUGUGGUUGGGCAAGAUGUUCUCAGAACCAAUGGCGAGGUUGGAUCCCAAUGCACCAUCCUUACAGAUAAUUACUGUGAAGAUGCCUAUGAUCUACUUCAAACCCCAGUGCUAAAAAACCUUCUGCUGGCAGGUAUUCUUCUAGACACUAGAAAUUUGAACGCAUCUGCUAAGUUAUCAACGACCAGAGAUGCGGAGGCAGUUCAGCUGUUAUUGGUUGGCUCAGCCCCAAAUCACAGAAAUACUCUUUUUGAUCAAUUGAUGCAAGAUCAGAGAGACAAUUCUUUCUUUGAAGCCUUGAGACACAACUAUGGGAAGCCUCCUAAUGAGAAUGGUCGUCGUGAUAGUGGAGUGCUGGUGGAACAUACAGUUUCAGAGAGGAAGUCAACCUCCAUCUCUCGCAAUGAAGCCAUCACACAAAAUGCAUAUAGGAAUUCUAAUGAUGUGAAAAGUGCAAAACCUAGCAGAGUGUCACCAAAAUCGGCAAAGCCCAAGUCUUCAACCGUGCAAGCACCCACAGUAGCACCAGCAGAAGCAGCACCCAAUUCCUCUGGUGGAAAGAAUAAAUUUUUCCUGGCAAAGUGGUUUGGUUUUGGUUCAAAAUGAUGAUCAAAUGCCUGACUCAUUUGCAUACUGUAAAUCUGAUCCUCGUUAAGUUCCAAAAGUGAUGAGUUAGAGGCCGAGUAGAUGAGUUCCUGGAUUGCCAGUGGGUUCAACAAAGCAGUGAGUUGGGUUCCACCAUUUUAUCCCCCAUGAUCUUUGUUUUUGGAUGUUGCUUGGCUACAGGAUGUUGUUAAAGAGAUGAAAUACUUAUGGCUGGCAUGCCUCUAUUAUUAUUUUUGUACCAGACAAAUAAUGUUUAGAGCUGCUGACAGCAGAUUAGUCCAUGCUAUUGUAACUCCUGUAUUUUCUCCCAAUGUUGUUAUUGCUGAAGUUCAAAAUUCUUCACUUGCCUGUCCACAAGGAGCAAGUUUUUCUCCCACAAUACAAAUCGACAACAUGGAAAUGGUUGAGUGAUCAUGUGAUCAUAGUUAUCACAUUGAUAUUCUUGCUAUUACUGUUUACCCAAAGAUUUCGGCCUUCAACAGUAGUGUGGACUACGACAAAUAUGUUGUGUUUCUAUCUACCAAUUCUCCCUGUAAGUUUUAUGCAGGUUGGACUCUGAAGCUACAACUGUGGCAAGUGUAUGAUAGACUUUUCUUUUGUGAUGGACAAAGGAAAAUGAGUAUUACACCACCAUUAUUAGGAAACAACAAAAAAUUAACUUUUGAUGGGUGUUUAGUUUAGUAGCGAAGUUGUUGUAAAGAGAAGUAGAAUGGAAAUGAAGAUAUUUAUUUCAUGUGCAAUGCACUUGCUCUCUUGCAGUUGGCGACUCCAUCACCAUCACAUGCAUCAGCCUCGUUUGGGCAGAUACAGACAUUCUAAUGUCAGCCUCUCAGUCUAUACAUAAAUGAAAGACAAUGACAUAUAUAUUGAAAAAAUAAUAGCUCAAUUAUCAAGAUCAGAUCAAGAGGAGGAGGUAAUAGAAUUUCUUUUAAAAGAUGAGGGAGAUGCCUCUAGAUUAGAAAUUAUUGGUCAUGUAUGUGAUCCAAUCUGUCUUGUCCAAUUGUGACCACUUGUUCAAUCCCAGCUGUGACUAACUUCCAAGCCCUCUUCUUUUGGCCCCAUCUCCUUUCAUGUGAUGCCCUCUCAAUGUGCUUUCUGCACCGAACCUCCAUCCUCACCAUUGCAUUCAAGGCCCAUUCUUUAACAGCCUUAUUCUUCUUGGCAUUGUUGGCGAUAUGACCGUUGGCAUGGGCCAACUCAGUCCCCCUCAUUCAACCUUCCAGGCAUAGAGAAACAAGCAAAACUCAGAUGACCCACCAGCAUUGAACCCCUCUGCUGCAUCACAGCUCCCAGUUUGAGAUGACAAUGGUGUUGUUGAUGUCAGUGAUGAUAAUGGCAGAGACGAGGAAGUUGAUAUUGAUAUCGAUGUUGGUGAUGUGGAUGACAUAAGUGGUUUAAAGAUAAAUAGAGCAUGCCUUAAACCAGGGCUAAAGAGCCAGUCAUGGACAUCCCAAUACACCUCCACUCUUAGUUUGUUGACAUGAAUGGAUUCAUUACCUCUGAACUUCCAUUGGAGAUGCUUAACAUGAAUGACCAAAUGGCCAUCUAUCCUUAUCUCCAUUUCUGGAUCAACCCUACCACAGGAAUUGCCAUUACCCAUGCUCCCACCACUGCCACCACUUCUGUUCUUGCACUCAAUUGAGAUGUCAUGGAAUCUGCCUCUCUCAUGAAACUUAGCUUUUGUAGAGAACUUCUUCUUUCCAAAUAUGUGCUCCUUCUUUGAAACCAAAAUUGGAUCGAUGAGAGCCGGUCUGCAACCUGUCUUCCUGUAUGCAUCCUUCUUUAGAUCGCCAAGAAGUAGCACAACCUCUUCAUUGCACACAACUGCCACAUAGUACUCUGAGCUUGGCUCGGUUUCUCCAUUGAAUUUUGCAGCCUUAAGGUCCCAGAAGAUGUCAACAGGCUUAUCAUCAACUACAAAGCGCUUGGAGCCUUGUUUCCUCCAGAAGUACCAUGGCUUCAGCUCCACCUUGCAGGUGUAUUGGCUCUCCCCAUCCGGGCCUUCCACUGCCACUGAUAGGCCAUGAAGCAGCAAAUUCUUGCACCAAGUGAUGGUAAUCAGGCGGCACUGAUCUGCAAUUUUCGUGCGGUAUGCAUACAUGAAAACACUCUGCCCAGACCUUGUAACAGCAGCUGGGUCAUCAGUUUGCUUCUCAACAGAUGAAAAGCAAGCAGGAAUCCCAAUUGGGUCUUGCAUUGUACCAACUAUUCCUGCAAAUUAACAAUGGGCAAAGCUCAAUUUUGAGGAGGAAGAACCAGUCAACAAGAUGAGCUACUGGCCAGGAUGAUGAAAUACAUGAGUUGGAGAGGGCUGAAUUGGAGUGAAAAAAAAUGAGAGAGAGAGAGAGAGAGAGAGAGAGAGAGAGAGAGAGAGAGAGAGGGAGAGAUCUUGCUCACAAGAUGUGAGUCACAGAUGCUGCCAGAGGUGUUCUUGGCAUCAUUUAUGAAGUGAUAAAAUUAUACAUAUUCCCUAA